AACAGGCUUAAUAAUUAUGAUCAUCCACACUUUCUUGUGUUGCUUAUCAGCUUCAAGGUUUGUGUGUAACGAGAUGAAGUGCUUACAAAACCACAAUCUUGGCGAAUCGAUUGAUGGAUUUCAAUCUUCCAACUCAGAGUUCUCUAUGAUGAUGGGCAGUAACAUCAAUAACAAUGGUUAUAUUGGAACUGGAAUUGAGAAUGAUUAUAUGCAGCAAAUUAAUUAUGGAAGCAUGGAUGUUCCCUCGCAAUUUUCGUACAUUUCACCAGUUGCAUAUUCAUCGUUGAUGCCUACACCAAUAGAAAAUCUCAGCCUUGCAACUCCUCCUCAUUUGUUGGAUUAUCGUUGGAACUUACCUUGUGAUGACUCUAUUAAGAAUGACAUUCUUUUGGCUCAACCUUACAAACCUACAAUUAAAGAUGUUAGAAAAAGUGUUACCGGGGCUAAACUUGCACAAAGAAAUAGUGUUCUCGGUAACAAGGCAAGCCUUGAAGCAUUGAGAGCUAAUAAGAAAAGAAAGGUGAUCGAACAAUUUGUCGAUACAAGAAAAUACAAGAUGCAGGCACCAGUUAAGAGAAGCCAAAAGUUAAGCGAAAAAAUUUCUGCUCUUCAAGAACUUGUAUCUCCUUACGGAAAGACGGAUACUGCUUCAGUUCUUCAAGAGGCUUGUAUCUAUAUCAAAAUAAUUCAUCAAGAAAUUCGGAGGCUAAGCAUAUCAUAUUUUGAGCUUAGGUCAGCACUUCAAGCACAGUUUCAGGGUGAUGCAGAGAGGCAAAGUGACCUACAAAGUAAAGGACUAUGCUUGGUUCCAGUAUCAACUAUGAAGAGUAUUACAAGAGAAAGCUGGGUAGUUGAUCAUCAGACUGCAUCAAGGACCUUCAAAAGAUCUACAUAUGAAUUAAUUGAUUCAUCAUCAUAGAUAGUACAUUUAUACACAAAAUUAUAUCACAUAGUUUUGAAUACAUUAUUCCUGUAUUUUUCAUUUUUCCUCGUUUCUUUUGGUUUCUAUACAAUACUCUAUUAAGUGUUGAUUAAUUAAAAUUAAUAAAAUAUAGCUUUUUUCAUUUCUUUCUUUUUUUUUUCUAAUUUUUAUUGAGGGAAUGCAUUAUCAGUAUUUAAAAUAUGAUAAUUAAAGGAUUGCUCAAUUGAGUUAAUACCUGCAAAGCUAUUACUCUGUUUUUAUAGGAUUAUUUUUCUUUUUUAUUUUUUUUUAAAAUUAUUUAUUUAGGUUAUACGAGGUGUCGAGGUCUUAUAUCGUCUAUUAGAUAAUAGAAGUAUUAUCUAAUGUCUAUCUAUAGACAUUAGAUAAUACUUCUAGACCUAGAAUGUCUCUGAAGGGUGAAGGCAAAACUCUAUUUAUAGACAAUACUCUGUAUAAUACCCUUUUUAUUAUUUUAAAAUAAGUAAAAUUUCAUAACCCAUGUGAAUUAACUCAAUUAAGCAUCAAGACAGAUAAACCAAUUUUAGGGGUGUGAGUAAAACUUUCUAUUAGGGGCAUGGAUGGAUCAUACAUUUUUUCAGUAGAUCGAGUCACAAAAAACAUAAUAGGUUAUUGGCAUUAAGUGAAACAUAGCCAAAUGUAUUAUCGUUUUAAAGCAUAAUUAUCAAAGAUUGUAAAACCACUAGCAGUAGUAGCGGAAGCCCUCCAACAACUCAAUGGUUACUGAUCUUUUUUUUCUGUAGAUGCCUAGACACAUCAAUAUAUCAUACCUUACUCUAUCCCAGGAUCUACAGCGUAUCGAAUUCAUAGAAAUAAAACAUUUUAUUUCACUACAAAUAGUCAAAUACGAACAUUUAGGUAAAAGAAAAAUAAAAAGAAAAGAAAAAUCAUCCAUACUCUUACACUCCUAUUUCUCUUCUUUGCCUAGUAACCUAAUCAUAAUUCCUUUUCCAAGAACAAGAAAUGGAGGGGCGAUAAGGCCGAUAACCGAUAAGCCCUUCCACGGCUCCACCAGUGGUUUGUGGAGGUGGGGUGGGGUGGGGUAAGGGGGUGGGGGGAGGCAGCCACUAGUCAGGCAGGUAGUUUAGAAGUCAUCGUAAAUAGGGCCAAUAGGAGGUGGACCAUGGCUGACCAAGCAGGGUCAGAGUGCCCUAACUCAACCAACAAAACUCCUUUAACAGAAGGUAAUCGGGGAAGGUCAAGUAACCAUUUACAACCACACAACAAACUAUUACAACUUGAGGGAUCA